AUUUUAUCACCACACACGAUCAACACGAGUCCAAACGUGACACCUGACACCUCACUCCUCUUUCUGCUCCCUCCAUCUCACAGCCCCUCCUCCACCACCGCCGUAAAACUCCCACAAUCCCCUGCGGCGCAGGCCGUAAACGACACCGGGCCGUUAAUUAAUUAAUGGCCAUUCGGCAGCAGGCUGGCCGUGGCACUCGAGGGUCUCGUCUGCGAGGAAGAACAGAGCGAGGAGGAGGAGGAAGGUGGAGGAGGUUGCAGAGGACAGGACGAGUGAAAAGAGGAGUGGAAAAGAAGAAAAGACAAUAAAGGAGAGGAGGAAGGGUGGCACUUUCACCCUGUCGGACUAUCAAUCAACCUGCUGCUGCAGAGGGAGAGAGGGAGAGAGGGAGAGGUGGAACGAGUGGAGAGAGAGACGGAUAGACAGUGAGAGAGAGAAUGGCGAUGGACUGGCCUACACAUCCUCCUCCGGCGCUGGUUCCGGCUGUUGUGAGUGCCGGAGCGGUUCUGGUUUCCCAUUACGUCUUCAACGCCGCUGCCCAAAUCCCUGAUCCAGCGCUCUUGCCCACAGACCCCCCACCGAAGCCGGACCCCAUCACCUCGGAGACCGUUGUGUUCUGGGGACUUCGUCUCUGGCAGGUGGUGGGGAUCUUCUCCAUGUUUGUCUUGGCCAUCAUCAUCAUUCUGUGCUGCAUCUUUAAAUGUCGAGUUCCUCGCACCAAGAAGGAGAUCGAGGCUCGGCACGCUCAGAGACUGGCGGCUAAGAGCUACGCUAACACGCUGGAGACCGUUCCUCCACUCAACGAGCUCACUGAGAUACCGGGAGUGAUUUGUACUGUCUCUGAGCAUGUGCAGACACGCGACGGUAAUCAACUUCCUGCUCUCAAUGAGGAAGAUGAACCGACCAAUCAGAGCGCUCAGAACGAGACAGGCUAAACCUCUAAGUCUGUGUCUCACUCUCUGUCUGUCUGUCUCUCUGUGUCUGUCUGUCUCUCUGUCACUCUUCCUGUCUCUCUCUGUCUGUCUAUCUCUGUCUGUCUUUCUAUUGCUCUGUCUGCCUUUUUCUCCCUCUCUCCCUCUGUCUCCCCGUUUCUCCCCCCCCCCCCCCCCCCACCUCUGUUAAUGCGUUUCUCUUGUCUCUGUAUUGCAGACUUAAUAAACUCGUCUGUCACUCUUCUUCUCUUUGUCUGUUCUUUUUUUGCUCUCUGUUGUGUUUCACUCUG